AUGUUGCUACCCGAAGAGCUGCUUGAAAUGAUGAUCGAAGACCUUGCGUACACUCCCAUUUAUCCAUUCAAUAGUUUGUCAAGUGCCCGCUGCAAACGCGUAUCCUCAGAGCUCAUUACUCUUUCUGUGGUUAAUCGGCAGCUGCGACGCAUCAGUCUACCAUUCUUGUUUGCCUAUGUAACCUUGAAGCACCUUGAAGAUGUCGAGGGAUUCCUUCAAAAGUGUCUUGUCAAUCCAAUACUUGGGCGCACAAUCAGGGUAAUCAAGCUGCACGCGUACUUUCCGAACAAGGACGUGCAUGAUGACUUGUGCAGGCUGUUACCUCAUCUUACUCGUUUAGCAUCUGUAGACCUGCAAGGCUCCACUUCGAGUGUUCUACUACUCAACGCUGUAAAUCAACACCCUUCGAUUUCGACAAUGAUAGUCGAUUCGAUGUACGACCUACACUAUCUACCGAAACCACUCAGUUCCUUGGAUUUGUCGAAGGUAGUAGUCGAGCGCGGAAGCAUCUCUCAACCCGGCUUGGAGACAUACUAUGCUCGCGGGUUAAAAGUGUAUCAACUGGUUGUUCGCCAACCGGAAUUACUAAAGGAAGAAUUUGGGGAUUCAAGGUUCCCGGGCCUUCAUGAAAUCAGCUUGGCCAUGAAUCGCCAUCCUAUACUUCUGGAGUGGCUUCCCCGGCUCGCGUCUACUCACCCACACUUGAAAAAUGUCAUUUUUGUUGACAUGUCAAACUCAAAAAGGCAGUAUACUUCCGACACCAUCCCUUUCAUUUCUCCAUUUAUCGAAAAGUCGUCACAGCAAGGGCUUGAUGCAACUUUUAACAUCACACGCCUGGUGAUCAGUCGCACUCAAUGUGGCUCCCUAUCAGCUAUGGAGUGGCGCGUUACAGAACUCGUUAUGAAUGUCCAGUCCUCUCUACUUCUGAUUCUUCCACUUGUGGCUUCAUGUUUCUCAUAUAUACAUACGUUGGGUGUUGGGGUUUAUCAUAAGAGACGAUACAAUGUCGAUGAACUCGUGGCUGUUCUCGCCUCUCUUCGGUCACUCCGAGUGCUGAAGCCGGUUCGCCUCUUCCAAAACUUGCGAUCCCCUGACGAAGGGGUACACCGGCCAUGGAAGCCACUUCGCCACAUUGAUAAGAUCCAUCGGGUCCAGCGACUUGGUGCUCGAGCGGAAGCUAGGUUAUAUUGGUAUAUGUCUCUCAUUUCAAAGGGCCUGCCUUCUCUAGAAGCUGUCUAUGUUGAAGAAGUGGGUUAUGGCAAUGAGAAAUCUUGUUCUCAUGGAGAUUGGUCUCUCCAAGGAUGGCUCAGUGUCAGGGCUGUUACUCGAGAUGUCAUGGGAACACUAGAACUUAGCGGCACAUCCGGCUUUCCGACAGCUUUUGAGCGUCCCUCUGCGGAGCUGCUCGCUCUCUCGACAGUCAAUCGGCAAUUGCGGCGGAUCAGCCUACCAUUCUUGGUUGCUUUUGUUCAUCUCAAGCGUCUUGAAGAUUUAGAGAAUCUUACACAGCAGUGUCUUGCGAAUCCACUUCUCGCGAAACUAAUAAAAACGAUACAAUUGAAUGGGAUAUAUUUUCCCCGGAAGACGGGGCACGACGUUCUUUCCCGAGUUCUUCCUCGUUUCACCCGUUUGGUAUGUUUAGACCUGCAAGGCUCUACCUCAAGUGCUUUGCUACUCAAAGCUCUAUACGAGCACCCAUCGGUUUCAACAAUUCUAGUCGAUUCACCAUAUGGCCUGUAUAAUUUGCCCAAAGGCCCCAGUUGCUUGGAUUUAUCUAAGACGGUCCUUGAGCGUGCAGAUUCCUCCCAUCCUCGCUUGGAAGUGUGGUUGUCUCGAGGGCUAACUUUGACAAAACUUGACGUUCACAAACCCGAGUCGCUUCAGGAAGAAUUCGGGAUUAGAACAUUUCGAGGUCUUCAAGAACUCAGUCUGAAUUUGAACCUUCAUCCUGUCACUCUAUCCUGGCUCCACCAAUUCACAUCUGGCCAUCCGAAUCUCAAGCUAAUUAAAUUUAUUGACCAAUCCACCAUGAAAGAUUACUUCAUCCGCCACACUGUCCCUUUUGUUCAAUCAUUUGUCGAAAAGGCACAUCAAGAACAACUUUGCAGAGCCUUCAAUCUUACACAUAUCGUUGUAAGCCGAGCUCAUCGUGGCUCCUUAUCUCUUGAUUGGCAAGUCUCAGAGCUCACGAUGAGUGUCCGGUCCUCUUUAAUCGAGAUCCUCUCACUUGUCACUUUGUGUUUCCCAACCAUCCAUACUUUGGGGAUCAGCGCUGAACAUUGCAGGAAGAGAUAUGACAUUGAUAAUCUCAUAGCAGCUCUCGCUCGCUUUCCGUUACUUCGAGUGCUCAAUCUAUCUCACCUUUUCAAACGGUUGCGAUCCCCAAAUGAAGAGCUCCAGCGACCAUGGAAGUUGUUCCGUAACGUCGACAAAGUUCAUCGGGUGAGGAGGCUUGGCGCUCAGGCGGAAGCUUGGUUAUAUUGGUAUGCGUCCCUCAUUGCGCAUGGUCUUCGGUCUAUAGAAGCUCUGUAUGUUGAAGAAGAGGUAUAUGGUGACGAGAAAUCUUGCACCAAUGGGGACUGGCAUCUUGCAGGAUGGUUGAAAGUUGACGGCGCUGCUCGAAAUGUCACGGGAAUCCUCAAGCUCGAUGCCCACUUCAAUAUGCAGAGUGUUGUCGUGCUUCAACCAGACAGUGAUCACAAAACCUCAUACAGUUCAACUAUAACACUGAAGGUGAUCUUCACGCAAUCCGCAUCAAAAGCGCCUGAGUCCAAUACAUCUGAUACCAUUGCUUGA